AUGGCAAAUGUGUUACACCGCUACGAGUUCUUCGACCGAUGCAAGACGAAAGCGAUUCGAAUCGCUCGAUAUGCGCGCUCGCCAUACCAGCGUUUGGAAGAUGAUACCGAUUCUCUCAGGCUGGAACUUUCGAGCUAUCAGAAAGAGCAGAUCAGGUCCCCUUUUCGUUUUCUUGAGCUGCCGCCAGAACUCAGGGUUCACAUAUAUGAAAAUUUACUCCUAAACAAAGUGAAGCAUCCUCACAUUCUAGCGACUUGCAAAAAGAUCAACCAUGAAGCAAGCCAUAUCCUCUACGAGCGCAAUCAGAUCAUCAUUGAUAUUAGUCCUGACGCGGUCCGGACUUAUGGUGUUCGAUGUGGCAAGCACGUCCCGGUGCAGUGCCCUACAUCCAGCACGAUCAAGGCAGCGGACUUCACCACCAUUGUUUGGCCUGAGUUUCUGCGCCGAGUGCGACAUAUCUGCAUUGUAUCUCAGGAGACCUGGUAUCGAGCUGGUUCAGACCCAGCGAUCUCCAUCCCAAUCUCACACGGCGUACRCACAACCGCCAUCUGUAACGCCUUGUACUCACUUUGUACAAAUCUACGUGGAAAGCAUCAUGAGAUGCUAAUGAUGGAAGCCGCCAUCAAGUUCCAGACGCUCGAAGACAUGCGAACUUCRCUAUAUCCAAUGCGAUGGCUCGAAUUCAACAACGCCUACGCAUCACGGCAAAAUCGAACACCAAUUUGCACCUUUUUCGAUCGAUAUGCUUACUUCGCGGUAUCCACUCUUCGAUCAGACGAUCGCAAGUCGAAGAUCGAUAUCCUCCGGGUUGUUCAAGCGGUCCUCAAGGCGGUUGUCGAUGGCCGUCCUUGUUCAUCGGUCUCGAAAUUUACCGGGAGUGCCGUAGUGAAUGCCAUGCUAGCCUUAGCUGGGGUCGCCGGAGUCGUUGAUCGGGAUACGGGUGGCCACUGCUACGACUCCGCCAGAGCUUUGACCAACUUCAUCAAGCAUGCCGUCAGGGAAAUUCGAAUCUGGCUGGAGAUGAUUGAUAUUUCAAUGAUGCGCAUUGGCUUACAAGCAGGAGUCAUGUUCAUCCUCCGACUGGAUGUAGAGCUUCGUUGCACUCCAACAAUUGGAAAGAGAGAAGACGCCGUUAGGAAUGCCCGUUUGACGGGCUAUCAAAUGCGGGCUAGACAGGUGGUGGCACUGACGGACGGACGACUUGAGAGUGAGAAGAUCUGUAGAUAA